AUGAGAGAGUACAUUCCGCCAGAGAUUGCAAAGCAUGAGGACAUCCUCGUUGCGAAGAUUCGCGAACUGUUUGGCGACGACGCCGCGAUCGACCCCGAAACCCGUAGUCCUGGGGGAUACUGGAAUGCGGAUGGUGAUGUGUGUGGGGUUCUCGUUACCACGAGAAGUGGGCAUGGAGCAGUGAGGACCAUCGGCGCGGGAGAAGAGGAGAAUGUCGAGACGGGUCCCGGGAUGAAGUCACGAUAUUACAUCGUCGUUGUGAAAGAGGGACAAUCCUGUGCAUUCCUAGGACAGCCAUCAUUUCGCCUUAUAAAGCGCCAGAAGGCUUGA